CACUCAUUGCAUAUUAUAAGCAAGCAAUCAUCACUAAGAUGCAGAUGAGUGUACUCUAAAGUUUUAGUGUGUUCACAUAUAAAACACAAACUGACCUCUGGUGUAAACAGCCUGAUUUAUUCAUUAGCGAAUCAUGUGUUAAAAUCCAUAUCCAGUAUAAAUUCUCAGAUCAAGCCAUGUUCACAUGAUUGCCUUCUAAUACUGUUUGUUGCUUUAACUCCAUCAUUUGUUUGGACUGAUUACUCAAACAGAAGUGAACUUGAAUAUCCGUCAGACACGAAGCAGCACACGUGAUUGAGCAGUUUUAUGACUGAACUGGCAAGAUGAGAUGACAUCAGAGAAGCUGCCGUUGCCUGCGGACGGCCAGCGGGACGAAGCUGAACCGGGUUUAGGGAUCGAGCAGGAGGUCACAAUGGAAACGGUCCGAGACAGAUGGGACAGCAAAGUGGAGUAUUUCCUCGCUCAGUUGGGAUUCAGUGUGGGAUUGGGAAACGUUUGGAGGUUCCCGUACCUCUGCCACCAGAACGGAGGAGGAGCGUUCAUCUUGCUGUAUGUGCUGUUGAUGGGGCUGGUCGGCGUGCCGUUGUUUUUUCUGGAGCUGGCGGCGGGUCAGAGCAUCAGACAGGGCAGCAUCGGCGUCUGGAGGCACAUAUCUCCAAAACUAGUUGGCAUUGGCUACUCCAGCUGUGUGGUGUGUUUCUUUGUAGCUCUGUAUUAUAACGUCAUAAUCGGUUGGAGCAUUUUUUACUUGGGAAGUUCUUUCCAGUAUCCUCUACCUUGGGAAACCUGUCCAACAGAAGGGAACCGCACUGUGAAGGAAUGUGCUGCCAGCUCUCCCACAGCGUAUUUCUGGUACCGUAAAGCUCUGGACAUCACUGAUUCCAUUGACGAAACCGGAGAGUUCAACCCCAUCAUCACUGGAUGUCUGCUGGCCGCUUGGCUCAUCGUCUGUCUGGCCAUGUACAAGGGCAUCAAAUCGACCGGCAAGGUGAUGUAUUUCUCCUCCGUGUUUCCGUACGUGGUGCUGCUGUGUUUCCUGAUCAGAGGCGUGACACUGGACGGGGCGUCCGAGGGCAUUAAAUUCAUGUUUUACCCCAGGCUGGAGAUCUGGGCUGACGUUCAGGUGUGGCGUCAGGCAGCGACUCAGGUGUUCUUCGCUCUGGGUUUGGGUUUUGGUUCUGUGAUCGCGUACUCUUCCUACAACCCGCGGAACAACAACUGCCAUCGAGACGCGUUCACCGUGUCUGGAGUCAACUUCAUGACGUCCGUUCUGGCCACGCUGGUGGUGUUUGCGGUGCUGGGUUUCAGAGCCAAAACCAUCGCCACAGAGUGUGUUAAACGUAACAUGAAGGCCGUGUUUGAAGCGAUGUCCAGCACUCCUUUCCCUGACCUCCUCAUCAAUGCAUCAGAUGUGGAGAGCAUCACAUUGAACGAGUAUGAGCACUGGUACAGGACUCAGGGCCAGCAGCUGAAUAUCUCCGGUUACAACAUCACCGCCUGCAGCCUGGAGGACGAGCUGAAACAGGGUGUGGAGGGAACCGGUUUAGCAUUCAUAGCAUUCACUGAAGCCAUGACAUUGUUUCCUGGGAGUCCGUUCUGGUCGGCUCUGUUCUUCCUCAUGCUGCUCAAUCUGGGUUUGUCCACCAUGUUCGGCACCAUGGCAGGAAUACUGACCCCGCUGACAGACACCUUUAAGACCCUGCGUAACCACAAAUUCCUCUUUACAGCGUGCAGCUGUGUGGUGGGCUUUCUGAUCGGUCUCAUGUUCACUCAGCGCUGUGGUAACUAUUUUGUGACAAUGUUUGAUGACUAUUCUGCCACACUUCCCCUCAUCAUCGUCGUCAUCUUCCAGACCAUCAGCGUGGCCUGGGUUUAUGGAGCGGACAGGUUUUUGGAGGACCUGAAGCGGAUGUUGGAUCGGCCGGUUCCUGUGGUGUACAAGUACAUGUGGAAGUACGUGUGUCCGGUUGCUAUGCUGGGGCUCUUGGGUGCCAGUCUGCUAAAGAUGUUCUUGGAGCGUCCCACAUACAUCGCCUGGAACAGAGAAAAGGCGUCUAAGGAAGAUCUGCCUUAUCCAGACUGGGCUCUUGCUGUCCUGAGCACACUCAUCAUUGUCGCAUUUCUUCCUGUUCCUGUCGGAUUCAUACAUUCCUGCCUCCUGGAACGGCUUGGCCAGUCUCCGGCAGACGCAGAGGCGGGAUACAUGCCGUGUGCCACCACAGACCUGACCCCUCUCCACACGUUACCUCCCUCAGGAGGCGACCCCAGUUCAUUUUCCACUUUGCUUGAGGAAAACCAAGACACUCGUUUGCAGAACGGCCACAUUGAACACUUCGAAACAAGUGUGUUAUGAGAGGAAACUACAGCUACGAGUUUACAACCAUCUGAGAAGGAUCUAUUUAAAUCAAGACCGUUUUAUGAGCAUGCUUUACUGUUGGGAACAAUCAUUUGUAUCUGUGCAUACGGGCACUAAAAUAACUGUUUUAAAGUGUUAGUUCAACCCAAAAAAGAAAAUUGUCAUCAACGUCACCCUAAACAUCACGGAUAGACUUCUGGAGUUAUUUAGCCGCUUGUGCAGGCUGCUCUUUUCCAUAUAUAUAAGUAGUUGACGGCUUUUGAGCUCCGGAAUGAGUUUUGCAUUGUGAAAAUCUUGGCUUCUCAAACUCAGUUUUUCUUCCCAGUUUAAACCUGUUACAUGUGAAAACAGCUGUUAUAAUAGCUUUGAUGACCAUUUCCUUUUUUGAGUGAACUGUGGCUUUAAAUAGAGUGUAAUAAUGGUAACGCUGAGCCGUACCUGCGUUUGGUGGGUCCAGGUGAACGUUGAACAACAAUGCAACACUACAGUUACCUGUUACAACAGUCUAAUAAUUAUUUUGGUAACUGACGGUCCUGCUGCUUUAGUGAUCUGACGAGGUUUUUAUAUCAUAUCAUAAAGGUGUUGAUGAUGGGUUUGACCUGUCGGUGUUAUUUGAACUCUACGAUGCUAAAGAAGCAGCCAGUGCUUUGUCUCCGUUGAUGCCAUUAACCCUUUGAUGCGUGAAUUAAUUCACAUAGGUAUCAUUCCAAAACAUUUUUUAUCUUCCACAAUGUUAAUUUAGUUUGCUUGGUGCAUCAAUACUUUGUUGUCAUAAAUAAAAACACUUUGCCAUUUCAAGAGGACAGCUGGUUUGACUUGUGUAAGGGUCAAACUGUAUAAUAACUACUAGAUAAUGGCUACUAUAGCAUCAAAGGAUUAAUGUUGGUCCAUUCUGAUGUGUUCUGUGUCUAGCGUCUUUAUUUAAGUGAGUAAAAAAGGGUACAUUGUGUGUUCAAAAGAUUUUAUUAUUUAAUCAGUUUCGGAUCUACAACAUGAAAAGCUCUGUGUAUUUUCUGAACAGAAAUGUCUGAGUCAUAUUUAAUCUUAAAAACAGAUUGAAAUGUUUAUGCCAAAUAUGACAUGGACAUUAUUUUUCGUAACAUUCUAUGCUCCUAUUUUUUGAGCACCAACUACAGCCAUCAUUUAAUAAAUAAGAAAGUCAUUUUUAAGCUUGCUUCCAGUCGUAGUUUGGGACACACAUGGGAUUUCUUAUGAAGUAUUUCAAGGCAGCAUUUUCAGAACAAUUUUACAGUUUUUACUAUUAAUUUUAUAUUUUGUACAGAAUUAUUUUUGUGGCUAUUUGUAAAAUAUCCCCCCUUUUUAUUUUUCCAAACAACGUUUUUAAAAGCGAACAUCUGACCCGCAGGCCAGACAUUUUAUGGCUUAUAGUCAUUGCGAAGUCAUGUUAUCUUUGCCUCUCACAGGGGUUUGAUGGGUCUUCUGUGUUUGUUCAGUAGCUUGAACUCAAAGUAGUUCUGGUCAGUAAUAUAUAUUAUGAAAUGAUGUAAUUUAACUCUAUUCCUCAUGUAGAAUACUUGAGAUAUCUCUGAUCUUGAAUUUGAUUGUCUUUGUAGUAUAUGUUCCACGCUACAGUAUGUUUUCAGUGUUUCCUCCUCUUGCUUUCUGUAAGUCAGAAACCUGAUUCUGAGGUCUUCAGUUUGUGUGAAUGUUGUUUGAUGGUCAUGGUACAGUUUGCCUCAUGGUGAUCUUGUUUCUGUAUAAAUGGUUAUGAGACCUUCA